AUGGUGUUGUUCGAUAAAGUUGAUGAUGUCGAUGGUGGUGUUGGUGAUUGUGGAGGAGAUAGAGAUGAAAGAAGACGAAGAAGAUGGUACUUGCUGUUAAGUAAUGGAGAAGAUGAGGUGCAGAAGCUGAUGGAAAACGAGAGAUUAUUCAUUACGUUACAUGGUUCAGAUCAUACUGAUGAUAAUCUGAUUUCAGAUGGAAUCAGUAGUAUUGAUAAUGUUGAGAAAUCAACAACAGCAUCAUUUCUACGACAAUCUUAUUACUUACCUGAAGGAGUUUGUGAAGAAACUUAUGGAUUUUUACCAUGUACAAAAACGGCGUUUGGAAAUCUAUUUCUGAUCAUCAUCUAUGGAGGACUUAUGCUUGUUGCUGCUAGAUUGUUGUCUACAGGUAGUGAACUUCUUUUAGAGAUCCUUGGUCCCGGCAUUGUUGGUGGUCUUUUUCUCCCUAUGCUUGGUGCUCUUCCCGAUGCUUUACUCAUUCUUGUAUCUGGAAUAUCCGGAACUAAAGAAGUUGCUCAAGAACAGGUCCUAGUUGGAAUGGGUUUGCUAGCUGGAUCCACAGUCAUGCUUUUGACUCUACUAUGGGGAUCUUGUAUUGUUCUCGGAAAGUGCGAUAUUGAGGAUUCAACUGCAGUAGAUUUAAAAGAUACCAAGAGAUUAAGCUUAUUGGGUUCUGGUGUGACCGUGGAUAUUUGGACUAAAUAUGCUUCAUGGAUAAUGAUCAUAUCUGUUGUUCCGUUUAUUAUUGUUCAACUACCACAAAUACUCCACAUAAAUUCCGGAAGGCACUUAGUAGUUUUGAUUUCACUCAUCCUUUCAGUUACAUUAUUGAUCGCUUAUUGUCUCUAUCAGGUGUUUCAACCUUGGAUUCAAAGGAGAAAGCUUGCAUAUGCUAAGCAUAGUCAUAUAAUGUCGGGAGUUUUAAGACAUCUGGACCUUGUUGAUAGGCUCAUGACAGAUGAUGAUUCUCCAAAUAUAGCUGCAAUUAAAAAGAUAUUUAGAUCGUUGGAUUUAAAUGAUGAUGAAACUUUAUCAAUUCAUGAGUUACGAGCAUUAGUUAUAGGAAUUCACUUUGCUGAGGAAGUGGCACUUGAUAAGGAUGAAGAUGUGCAUAAAAUGCUUUUAGAUUUUGAUACAUCUCGUGAUGGUUGUGUUGAUGAGACCGAGUUUGUCAAAGGAAUCUCAAUAUGGCUUAAUAAGGCGAGGCCGCACAAAAAGAUUCAUAAAUUUUACCAGCACACAAGGAAAGAACAUGAUCAACUGCUGGAUAAGAGUGAUGAGGUCGUAGAGAGUGUUGAGAAUCCCAAAUGGAUUUCCGUUAAAGCUGGAUUACUAUUAUUGCUGGGAGCCGGUAUUGCAGCUGCAUUCGCAGAUCCUCUAGUGGAUACUGUAAACAAUUUCUCUGAUGCCACGAGUAUACCGCCUUUCUUCAUCUCAUUCAUUGUUCUGCCUUUGGCAACUAAUUCCAGUGAAGCAGUUUCAGCACUCAUUUUUGCUAGCCGGAAGAAGAAAAGAACCGCUUCUUUGACAUAUUCUGAGAUUUAUGGAGCAGUGACUAUGAACAACAUCCUUUGCCUUUCUGUGUUCUUAGCUCUAGUUUAUGUGAGGGGGCUGUCCUGGGACUUCUCAGCUGAAGUACUAGUUAUACUUAUCGUGUGCGUUGUUAUGGGUCUCUUCACAAGCUUCCACACUACUUUUCCUCUUUGGACAUGUUCGGUUUCAUAUGUGCUGUACCCUUUCUCGCUCUUGCUGGUUUACGUUCUGGACUAUAAGUUAGGAUGGACUUAGACUUUGUUCAGUCCACCAUAACUAAGAUGAGAAAAGGUCAAGUGAUCAGACUUAACCUUCGAUCGUGUAUUUGUAUUACUAAUUGUGAGCUUUUGGGUGAACAUUGUCUUGCUAUUAAACAAGAACUUGUGUAGGGUAAAUGCUCAUGAAAGAUAGACUUUUGUGGCAGAGCCCUUUUAAGUG